UGAGGAGAUCACACUGAAGAAGAGCAGCAGAAGGAGCUAUAAACUACAGGAACUAAAAGGAUUUUUAUUUUCUUAGGAUCCGUUUGGAGUUCUUAACUCGGGAACAAGGCACUGGACAAACUAACAUAUUAACAUUUUUCAGAUUGUGAUCUACUUUCUUGUCGAGUGAGGUAUUAAUAAACCGCAGCCUGGUUUGAAGCCAUGACAUUGAACAAAGGCGACAAGUUGCGGAACAUGGACAAAAGGAGAGGGAGCACCCCGUUCCCCAUGCACCUUCAGACUCUGCACCGGAGGAGCAUGCCAGUGGACGACCGCGAGCUGCGCUCCUCCAUGCCCCCUGCGCUGCCGGGAGAACUGUCCAACCUGACGCGCUGCACGUCCUACAGUCCCAACGAGCAGCACCGACACAGCUGCGUGUCCGAUUCCUCCGACUCGGUCAUCUCCUCCGGUAGCGACUCCGACGGACAGAUCUACAAGGUCGUACUUUUGGGAGAGCACGGUGUGGGGAAGUCCACUCUUGCGCGCAUUUUCGGCGGGGUGGAGGACACCCUGGACUACGAGGACGCAGGAAAUACAUAUGACAGAUCUAUUGCUGUUGACGGAGAAGAAGCAAAUAUCUUAUUAUAUGACAUCUGGGAACAGGACAACAGCCAAUGGCUGAAGGAUCAGUGUAUGCGUAUGGGUGAUGCCUACAUUAUCGUCUAUUCUGUGACGGACAAGUCGAGUUUUGAGAAAGCAUCAGAGCUCCGCAUACAGCUGCGCCGGGCACGACAGUCAGAGAACAUCCCCAUCAUCCUGGUUGGAAACAAGACUGACCUAGUACGCUCCAGAGAAGUGUCUGUAGAUGAGGGAAGUGCGUGUGCUGUUGUGUUCGACUGCAAGUUCAUUGAGACCUCGGCAUCUCUACAUCACAACGUCCGCACUCUGUUUGAGGGUAUUGUAAGGCAGAUCCGGCUCCGGAGGGACAGCAAGGAGGAGAACGCACGACGCAUGGCUAACUGCAAACGUCGUGAGAGCAUCAGCAAGAAGGCCAAGCGCUUUCUGGGUCGCAUGGUUGCACGCAAGAACAAGAAGAUGGCCUUUAGGCAAAAGUCCAAGUCCUGUCACGACCUUUCAGUACUCUGAGCAAGAAGGACUUGUAGAGCCACUAAGACCAGAAGCUGUGUGUGUAUUUUUUUUGACACUAACUCAAGGACUAGACAACUGUACAGAGAUAUCUUUACAUAUUUUAUAUUGUAAAACAGACAAACAGAAAACCAACAAUAGUCAGUGGUAUCGACUUGCAUGAGGCUUUUUAAGUUUAUAUAUUUUAUUUUAUAUUUUUUUUGCCUUAAAGUUGUUGAGUGGUCAAUUUCUAGCAGUGCAAGUAGAAGUCAAUGCCUCGAAGCCAUUUCAUUGUGGACUGAGAGCUUUGGGCAUGCCUUCUUAACAGAAGAGUUUGUGAAUGCAGUAGCAAUUUGUACUCAUGUACAGCUCCCAGAGGUGGGAUACACUUUCUCAUGUACAUGUCAAAAAAAUGAGCACAAUUCAUAUUCCUCACUGAUAUGAAAAUGGAAUCAUAUUUACUUGAAUCUGAGUGCGCAGGUACGUACUUCAGCACUUCAGAAAUACAUGAUUAGGGUUUAGGGGGAGACCCUGGACUGAGAAAUUUCACACGUUUAAUCAUCAAAAUAUUAUUUAAGUGCAAGGUGUAACUGAUUAUCGUAGAAGCAAUAAAUUAUGUUGUUUUUCAAAAUGUUUGAUUUGCACUUCCAUUUAAUAUUAUUUGCUUGUUAAUUUUAUUACGUUUACACUAAUUUUAUAAUAAAAAGCAAUAAUUU